AUUUGCCCCGCGCUCCUGCACGUGCGACCACCUUCAGCGGACGCACAUUUCACAUCAAACGCAAAACGCGCCUCACUGGUCUUAACAAAGCAUCUUUAUCAGCGCAAAAGAUGGGCGGGCUACUUGACAUUCCAAUACAUCGUUUGAUGGACGAUCUUUCCACAGAGAAAGCCCUACGGCUAUCACGAGAAGAAGGUGAAUCCGCUAGCGCACGGAUCCCUUCCAAGGUCGAGGAAACCCUCUGGGUUGAUCGAUAUCGACCGCUUCGAUUCACCGAAUUACUUGGCAAUGAACGCGUCGCUCGCGAAACCAUGGCCUGGGUGAAACAGUGGGAUUGGUGUGUGUUUGGAAAGAGAAAAUACAAAGGAAAGAAGAGGUUUAGAGAGGACGAGGAGAAUGAGAACCCCGAUGAUGAGUUCCGACGCCCAAGGGAAAAGCUUCUCCUCAUAUCAGGGCCUCCUGGUCUCGGCAAGACCACCUUAGCGCAUGUCGUUGCUGCGCAAGCAGGUUAUGAAGUGAUGGAAAUUAACGCAAGUGACGCACGUUCAGCUCAGGUCAUCGAUGACCGCUUGAAGCCAGCACUUGAGUCGGGCUCGGCAAUUGGGAGUAACAAGCCGGUGCUCGUUGUGAUCGACGAAAUUGACGGCGCUACGGGUGGAGGGGGCGACAAUACUUCGAGUUUCGUUCAGAAACUUGUCUCUCUAACUUACGACCAGCCGAAGAACAAGCGCAAGAAGCAAGACAAGGGAAAACGUCCAUUGCUUCGACCCAUAAUAUGCAUUUGCAACGACAUAAAUGCACACUCACUCGCCAAACUUCGGCCUCACGCCCUUCAGAUACGUUGCACUCGACCUGCCGAUAUUCAUAUCGUAAAGCGACUUCGGCAAGUCUGUGAGAUGGAGGGUCUGAAGGCCGAUUCACGAGCGCUCAGCACUCUCGUCGGUAUUGCAAAGGGUGACCUGAGAGGAUGUCUCAAUACACUGCAGUUCAUCAAAUCUCGCAGUGAGGAUGUCACGGAACCGCUGAUACGUCGUAGUACAGCAGGAAUGAAAGAAGCAGACACCACUGCGAACUCCGUCCUGAAUGACCUUUUUGCCCCUAUGUCGAAGAAACGAGUGAAAGAACUCGGGAUGGGUGAAGAGGAGGAAGCAAGAUACGUGAACCGGCUGAGCCGAACGAUAGAAGGGAUGAACAGCUUCGCCAGUAUUGCUACCGGGUGUUUUGCACAUUACACCAAUUGCCAUCGGCACGACGCUGACCUUUCUCGGUAUGGAAAAGCAAACGAGUGGUUGACAACCUAUGAUAUCUUCGCGGCCAUGAUGUACCAGGACGGCGACUUCGGUCUGCACUCAUAUCUUUCAUACCUCCUUGUCCCGUUCCACCCGCUAUUCAAGGCGAGAGGUGGGCAGCGAGUAGAGAGGGACGCCACCGACUGGGAGAACCUGCAAAGAACCAGAGUAAACGAAGACAUUUAUAAAACUCUUGCGAGUAACAUCCUCGCCGCGAGUUCACGGAACUGUGGUACAUACAGGCAUCUAGUUACUGGGCAGGCCCUACAACUUGAGUUCGGUCCGUUCAUCAAUAGGAUUAUUUCCCCGCCUCUGCGCCCAGUGAACCGACAGAUCAUUAAAGCAGGAGAACGCGAGCUCCUCUCGCGGUUAGUGGACAUCAUGGUCGCGAUGGAGCUCCGGUUCAUACAAGAGAAGACCGAGGAGGGCGCAUUAACCUAUAGACUUGAUCCCCCAAUCGAUGUCUUCGUGACAUAUGAUGGCAAACGUGCAGCAGACAUCUCUGUGUCAAGAUACGCAGUCCGUCAGCUGGUUGCAGGCGAGAUCGAUAAUGCGUUGAUCGCCCGCCAUGCCGAUGCCAUUGAAAGAAGCAAGACUAAACCAUCCAACUUCUUCUCCAAGCAGUCCAAGGGACAUGACAACGAUGAGCACGAAGGCACGAAUGUGAACGACGCUGAUGGCAAACUGCGUCGCCUGAGCCUAGACGACUCAAAACCCUCGAAGCGGCAACGCACUGAAACCCAAGAGAUAGAAGAAAAGCCUCCGGUAGAUUUCUUUGGGCGUCCUAUUGCCAUCCAUACCUCGAACUCUCACAACAAACCGGCCUCGAAGAAGGCCCCUAGAAGGGACUACCACGUGUCGUAUCGCUUCCUCGAAGGCAACUCCGCAGCUGUCCGGAAACCCGUCAAAGUCUCGUCAUUUUUGUAG